AUGGGGAGAUAUGUUGCAAGUGAAUUAAUGAGAAAUAGAGAACUACAACGUAAAGCUGUAAAUUAUGGAAUUAACAAACUAACUCCCCUUAUUCAAGAUUCUGUUGGUACAGCAUUAGAUGAAUUAUCAACCAAAGUUAGACCCAAAAAGGAAUACAAAACCGAUAGAAAGGAUCUGGACGGCCGAGGUAUUGAUCCAAUAACCGUUGUAAAAAAAGCGCCAGAUGUCGCAAUGAAAACAACACAAGAAUUGAUUCCAUCUUUGAAACCAGUUUACGAUAGAUAUAAAUCUGGGGAUAUUUUCAAAUCCGCUUUUGGAAGUGAACAUGGAAUUACAUCAAGUAGGUUUUGGAGAAGGCCAACAGCGGCAGAAGAGAAAGCAAAGGGAAUAAUACGCAAAGGUAGUAAUCCUGAAUUAUUCUUUGCAUUUCACAAAGAUGGUAAGAAAUUUAGAAAAUAUAAAACAAAGUUUUUUGAAGAAAACCCAGAAGCUUUAACAGAUAUAAACAACAUUAUUUCAUCUUAUCCAGAUACAUGGCCAGAUAUUAUAAAAAAUAAGUAUGGAAUUAACAUUGAUGAACACUUUUGGGAAAAUAAUCCGUUACUAAGUUUUGGAAGUGGAGUCGAUAUUCACAAAUGGAUUGGAAAACUCCCAAGACCAAAAGGAGGAUGGACAGCAGGUAAGUAUAAAUAUAUGGGACCCUAUAAUCCUCUAGAAGAACAAUUAAGUUAUGAUCCAAACACUGGAGAAGUAACAGAGUGGAAAGUUAAACCAUAUAACCGCGUUGAUGAGAUAGCAGCAGAUCAUGACAUCUGUUAUGACAUGGGAAGAAACAAAGGUGAUUGCGAUAGAGAGAUGGUACAGUCAUUGGAUGAGAUUCCAUACGGUGAAAUGCCAAAGUGGGGCUCAACUGCUAGAUUCUUGAUUAAUACAAAGAAAAAAACUUGGACUUGGCCUUCAAAAAAACGCGAGUCGGCGUUGAGUAGUGAUUGGUCUCAACAAUUAGCCGACGAAAUUCACAAACCAAUCACAAGAAACUUUCAAAAGAGAACAGUGGUGACAAACGGGAUUGAUGCGAUCUGGGCUGCUGAUUUGGUUGAAAUGCAACGUUUAGUAAGUGGAACAAAGGUAUUAAAUAUCUUUUGA